CUGACUUGUUGUCAAGGUGUUGGCAAAAUUGUUUGGUUGAUUAUUUUGCUAUCCACCAUUAUAUGGCUUGGUUGAAAAGUGCAUAGUUUUGUAACAUGCAAUUAUGAGCCCUACAUAUAAAUAAAAUUAUGGUUUCAACAAAUUCUUAGCAUUAUAAAUUGAUGGUAAUGGCUUGGUUUACAACUGAAAAGGUUCUAUUUAUAUUUGACGACCCUGUGAUGAAGUGAAGAAUUUGAAGUUUAACCAAACAUUGGAAAAAAGCCGGGAUUUUAAUUCACAACAAGAUCCAAGAAGGUGGUUUUAACAUUUUUGUUUUUGUGUUGUUGACCCCUUCAAAUAAAAUGAAACUUCCCUGGGUAUAUUUAGAUAACAAGAAAUCACCUGAAAUGUGCUACCAGCAAGUGUAAAAACUGACUAAAUUUAAAAAAUCAGUGCUCCAAAGAAACCAUGGAGGAGUACAAUAGUGAGGCACUAAAAACUGUCGAAGACAUAGCUAAUAACAUACCCAUGAAUAUAAACGUUAAUCCGGAUAUUUAUAAAAACAGUGAAAGUCAAAAUGAACUCGAAUCUAAAUUAACUGAUACAUAUAAUGAGUCUGUUAACAACGCUGAACAUUCAGGUAGUAAUUCUUUAGGAAAUGAACUAGUAUCUGAAUUAUCUAAUGAAAAUACAGAGCCUAGAACUGAUUCUCCUGUUAUAUCCAAUAAUGAAACCAACAGUUUCAAAAUUGGUUCAUCCACAGUUGAUACGUUAGAUGAUGUUCAUAAUACUAGUGAUAAUAUUCAAAAUAUAUUAAAUACAGAAAGUGGAGGGACAAAUGAUAGAGAUAAUGCAGAUGAAAGAAUGGAUUGGACUGAAUCAGAAAGUGAUUUUAGUGUUUCUAAUGCUGUUAUUACUUCAGAUAAUUUAACUAGUGAUAAUGCUAAAGUGUCUAAUGAUAAUACAAACAAUAUUUUAAACAGAGAUGUUACUAUGGAAGAGAGUGCAAACUCUUCUCAAAAUACUGUAGACAGUGAUAGUUCUCAACCUACACAAGAUACUUUACAGACAGAGAAGCAAUCUGAAGAACCAGAAAGUUCUGAUGCUACCCACAAACAACCAGAAUCUAAUAAUAUUGAUUCUGAAGAGUUUUUUUCAGAGGACAAGGAUACUUCAGAUCUCAGUACUGGUUUAGCAAUGUUAGAGGAUUUAUCUGAAAUUCCUAGUGAAAGUUAUCCUGAAUUAGAGCCUGACAGUGCUAUGGAAAAUGUUACAGACAGUGGUUUGGGCACAACAGAAUCAGAGUCACUGUCAAAUAAAGAACCUCAAAGUGAGACUGCUGAAAAUGCAGGCCUUACCUCUGAAACUACUGAAUCGCAAAUGGAUUCUGAAAAAGAACAAGACAGGACUAAAGAAAAACCAACAACAGACAAUAAAAGCACAGAAGAUGACGAAAAAACAGAUACAACAGAAAUAGAUGAAUCAGGAACUCCAACUGAAAUUAUUCCUGGAUCAGAUAAAGACCAGACAAACACUGUGGGAAAGAUCACUAGUACCAGUGAAACAAGUAUGGAGGUUGAUGGAUCUGAAGACAAAAACCAAUCUGAUAAAGACACACCUUCUGAUACAGAUAAACCAUCAGAUACAGAUAAAUCAUCUGCUACAGAUAAAUCAUCUGCUACAGAUAAAUCAUCUGUUACAGAUAAAUCAUCUGAUAUAGAUAAAUCAUCUGAACCAUCUGGUAGAGAAAAUACAGAAUUUGUUCAUGUUGAGAAUGAAAAAGAAGGUGAUGAAGGGGAUAAAGAUGGCAGUUCUGGAACUAGAAGGGAUAUAGAACAUGAUCCUAUUGCUUCUGAUACUUUUGAUUCACUAAAUAGUGAAGAUACUGAAGGAGCAGAUGAAGAAUUGUGUAUCAUUCCUGAUACAGAAAGAGUAAUAUCACAGGCUGAAAGAGAUGCAGCUUCCUCUAUUCGGCCUCUGCGUGAUAUUAGCGAAGCUAGUGUUGCUACGCAGCCAGAAAACAAUCUAGAAAUACCUGCUGGUCAAGCAAUCACAUCGCCGAUAGUCAUAUUCAAAUAUGACAAUGAUGAACUUCAUAUCUGCAAUGAAUGUAAAUUGAAACGCAAAGUCAAAUAUCACUAUUCCAUUAAAGAUGACAAAGAAGAAAGGUACCUUUGCGACGAUAACUGUUUAAAUAUUUUCAAGAGCAAUCAAAAUGACAAAGUGGCAUUGAAUUGGGAAGAAGGAGGAGGCUUAAGGGUUAAAAGUUUUUCGGGCGUUUCCAAAGAACCACCUUCAUUGUUGUUUAUCAGAAAAUGCGCGACUUGCCACAAGGAAACUAAUAAUAUCGACGAAAAUUUGACGUGGGAAAUUAUGGAUUUCUGUAACGAAUAUUGUCUAACUAAAUAUCAAAAAGACACUGGUUCGCAUUGUUCUAGCUGCAAGGGUGAUGUGAAAUCAAAUUCGCUUGGAAAGUAUUGUGUUAGAUUCGGCAACGAUAUAAGACAGUUCUGCACUAGUCUUUGUCUGGAGAAAUAUAAAAAAGGCUUAAAAGUUUGUUCUUACUGCCAACAAGACAUGUCAGGCGGCGCUCCUGGCUUCUUGGCACCAGUAGGCGAUAAAGGCCAAUUCAAGGACUUCUGUUCUCAAGUUUGUAUGGAAAAAUACGAUGUUAUGACGAAUAAUAGGCCGCCAAACGUAGCUGCAGGCACUAUAUGCUCUGUUUGCAAAGCAGAAAAAUCUAUAACCAUCGAAUUUGAGCUAGACGGAGCUACAAACUACUUCUGCGGAGAACCGUGCUUUGUAGCUUUUAGUUUUGUGAAUAAUAUUUCGCCGGGAAAAUGCGCUAUGUGUCGUAGACACUUUCCGAAAUCCACCCUCGAAAAACACACAAUGUACUACGACAACGUGCAGCAUAGCUUCUGUUCAACUAGUUGCGAAAAUAUCUACAUCAUCGCCCAUCGAAAAAUUGUCCCAUGCAGCUGGUGCAAAGUGAAAAAAUACAACUUUGACAUGAUAAGGAGGUACUCCAAAUCGGGACCAAUGAUCAAUAUGUGCAGCGUGAAUUGCCUAAGUCUGUACAAGGUUUCUGUGGAGGCGGUCAAUUCCAGACAGAUCUGCUGCAAUUUCUGUCAAAAACUCACUCAUCCUAUGUACCAUCUAACGAUGUCCGAUGCUUCGAUUAGGAACUUCUGCUCUUACAAUUGCGUGCUGAGCUUUCAGAAUCAAUAUCCCAAGCCCCAAAACAGGGGCGACUUAGCGUAUCCUGUACCAACUGGGCAGCCCAGGAGGAAUAAACAGUAUACAGGACCGGAGCCAGCCGCAACCGUACCAGACCCAAAUCAGUUACCAGUAAUAUCGAGUGUACAAAGCUUGGCGACCAACGGAAGUUUGGUACCAACUUCCACAGUACCACCCAGUCUUACGCCCAUAACAACUCGAAGUACUCGCUCGAAAUCGUCAUCAGUGACUCCAACAGUCAUGAAUUCCUCGCCUCAAGUAAUAAACUCCUUUUCAGACAUACCAUUCCAAGUCCAAAUCAAACAACAUUUCAUUGUCAGACCCGCUCCUAUCCCUGAACAAAGAAACGUCAGCACAAUGUGCUAUACUCGUAAAUUGAACAAGGGUAUUACUGCAAAGCCCACGAUGGUCGACCAAGAAGUUCAAACUGAAGAGAGGGAGGCUAAAAAGAUUUUAAUCCCUGUACCCGUCCCAAUAUAUGUACCGACUCCCAUGCAUAUGUAUAGUACUCCUACACCCGUACCAAUGCCUAUUCCUUUGCCGGUACCGAUUCCCAUCUUUAUUCCUACCACUAGGAACUCGGCAGCAGGCAUCAUGAAGGAAAUCAAGAAAAUUCAAGUGAAGAUCCCCACAGACCCAUAUGAAGCUGAGCUUCUAAUGAUGGCCGAGAUGGUUGCGGAAGAAAAGAAAGAAGAUUUGACGGACUCCGAAAGCGAUGUAGACGACACCGGUGGUCCUGAAGACAGCUACAGCCCUGAACCUGUCGAUGCCAGUAACACAUUCGGCGAUGACAUGCUUCAGAUGGCCCUCAAAAUGGCUACCGAGCUAGACGAACCCGCUGUUGAUCUCGAAGGUGCACUAACUGCCAAUACCAUUACAGCAGCUCAAGGUGGCGAACCUCAUCCAGGCACUGAAGAAAACGUUGACGAUCCACAACCAAUGCAUCACCACAUGAUGGGCGGUGACAACAGGAAUAAUCCAGCCGCUAGAGGAAGAAAGAGAGGUAUGAGACAGCCGCGAGGUGGUGCUAAACGCGGACGUAGGAUGUCACAUCACCAAGUUGAUAUGCCAAUGAUGCAACAUCACCAAGUUCAACAACCACCACCACCGCCUGAGCCUGCAGAAAAGCCGGACGCUAAUAUGUGUCUUAAGUAUACAUUCGGCGUCAACGCUUGGAAACAAUGGGUGACGACCAAAAACACGGAAUUAGAAAAAUCCUCCAUGAUGGUGAAGCUUUUCAAAACUGAAAUACUCCAAUUGACAGCAGACGAACUAAACUACUCGCUCUGUCUGUUUGUUAAAGAAGUGAGGAAGCCUAACGGGGCGGAAUAUGCCCCAGACACCAUUUAUUACCUUUGUUUAGGUAUCCAGCAAUAUUUAUUCGAGAACGGGCGCAUAGACAACAUAUUUUGCGAUGCUUAUUACGAAAAAUUCACAGAUUGCUUGGACGAGGUGGCCAAGAAGUUUUCAGUUCUGUACAAUGAUUCUCAUUAUAUUGUUACAAGAGUCGAGGAGGAACAUUUGUGGGAAAGCAAGCAAUUGGGGGCGCAUUCGCCUCAUGUUUUACUCAGCACUUUGAUGUUCUUCAACACCAAGCAUUUCAAUCUCACGAGUGUCGACGAGCACAUGCAAUUAUCCUUUUCUCACAUUAUGAAACAUUGGAAGAGGAAUCCGAAUCAACCCGGAGCUUCCAAAGUACCGGGUUCAAGGAACGUUCUGCUCCGUUUUUACCCACCUCAGAGUGCUAUACAAAACAACGCAAGGAAAAAGAAAGUUUAUGAACAACAAGAAAAUGAAGAGAAUCCAUUGAGAUGUCCUGUGAAGCUGUACGAGUUUUAUUUGUCUAAGUGCCCUGAAAGUGUUAAAACGAGGAACGACGUUUUCUACCUACAGCCGGAACGCUCUUGCGUACCCGAUAGUCCAGUAUGGUAUUCUACAAUGCCGUUGCCCAAAGAAGCCCUCGAGAAGAUGCUUCACAGAGUCAAAAUGGUGAAAGAGAUCAACGUGGCACUGUUGACCAGCUAAGUGGCUCGUCCGUUUUGGAACAAUUUUUAUUCGAAGUAGUUUACUAAUGUUUGAUUAAUGUUGAGAGAAAAAAAAUUAAACAGAUUUGAUUUUUUGUUUGUAGCUGAUAGUGGGGUGUUGGAAAAGGUGAUACGUUGGCAUUAAAGGUUCUGGUUUUGUAAAAAUUGUUGCUUAUAAGAUGCAUCCUGUUUAUACCAAUAUUUGAUGUUCAAAUCUUCUAAAAUGUUGACUAAUUAGAAUGUUAGAAUCUUACAUUAGUGUAUUCAGUAUUGAACAUGCAUUAAAGUAAUCUGUCUGAAUAAUACCGAUUCGUAUCCAAAUAAAGAAGUUGAUGGUGGUCCUGCAUUUACGAAACGUCCGUCGUGUAAAAAAAAUUAAUGCGCUAUCAAUGCACAUGAUAUAAAAUAAAAAACCUUAAAUGAGUUUUUGGCAAUUUUUGAAAAUAUUGCUUUUUAUAUAGGACCAACUUUCACGGUAAUAUUUUUGAAGGACCAUUUUCUGUAAGGAAAUUGUCUGUAGAACUGGAUCUUCUAAACAAGAGUCUAUAAAAUAUGAUAACCCUGAAUUUCGAUUAAUUAAACUGAGGGUCAGUGAUAUUAUUUUGGAGAAUAUACUCAUGCUAAAAAAUCUAAAUUCCAUUUUCAGUAAUUUGUGACUCACCCUGUAAUAAAUAAUAAUCUACGUCAUAAGUUAUACUGAGAAUAUUGUUUGAUAUUAGUAAAGCAUUAUUCUUUAAAAAUAGUGCUUUGUUAAGAAGUGUUGCCUUUUUAAAAAAUGUCCAGUUUGCGACUUAAAUGCCCUAUAUAUCAAAAACUAGUUUUAUGAUGGAGUUGGACCCCAUGUUCAGAAGAUAGAGUACUACUACGUAUCAAAAAUUCAGAUAAUUUAACUAAGUACUCGAUCAUUUAGAGCCAAAUAGAAGUUGUACUGAACCAGAACUUUUACAGCACUCUACUAUGAGCCGUUUAUCAUUUUCUGUAUUCUUGUAAUGGUGUAUUAAACACUUACUCAGGAAUACCAAUUAAUAUUUAGAGCCGAUUCACUGCUAUUACCCUUUCUACAAAAAAAGAAGCCGCAAAAAAACUACUUUGCAUUAUUAUAAUUUUUUACUAACGUCCUUAUAAAUAAACCUUAACGUUCUUUGUAGACGAGCGUAGUUAACAGUGAACGAAAAUUAAAAAAGUUUUGUAACAUGCCACUGUUUGAACGUUGUAUAAUUUCAUUAUAUUUUUACAAAAUAAAGCCUACAUUUAUUCAGAAUGUUACAAAUUUGACAGGAGAUUGGGUUUUACCAAAAUUAAUGGAAGCAACUUGUUUAGAGACGAAAUCCUCAAUGACUGCGCUAAUUUUUAUUUACAAAUUUUACGUAUUUGUACGUUAAAAUUAAAUAGGUAUAAUAACGAAUCAUUUAGACGAAAAAGAUUUCUACCGUUAGACAAUCUUAAUCUAAAAAAUAUGACAGCAAAAACUCUGAAUUUCACGUGGCAAUUUUUAUAAGAGGUAAAAACAUAAUUGCAGUUAUAACAUUUAUUUCAUCUCGUGAACUGGGAUGAUCAAAUUUAUGUAGUUUAAAAAAGUUUCAGCAACAUAAAAACAGAAAAUGAUUUUCUUAAGGUUUCAAGUUCAUCUUCGUCAUUUGAAUUGCUAUUUUUUGAUGCAGAAAUACACAUCGGUCCAAAUUUUUUGGUAGAUUGUGUAUCCUUGUACUCUCAAAAUAUUUCGUUUCUUAGGUGCUCCCAAAAGAAAGCAGCAGAGCACCCUACAGGUCUGUAUGAAUUUCUUCUUUAAUAAGUUCCAACGAAAACAUAUCAGAAUCAUUAUAAGUAACUGCGUAAACAUUUUAGGACCCAUCUGUUUUUGAUUAAACUGCGACAUCUUUCUAUCAUAAGUCAUUCCCUCUCAUCCUUCACUCUAACUAAUACAAUUUAAAUAGGGAAGUACCAAGUAUGAAACAUCAUGAAAAGAUUAUUUAUGGAGAAUUCAGCAUUAUUAUUCAUUGCAGAGCAGGGUAAACACUUUAUUUGAAAGCUAAUUUUAUUAAUAUUUUAAGGCGUAACAUAAAUUUGUUAGUUUAGUUGAUUGUCUAAAGUUUGUAUUUAUUAACGUUGAAAGAAAUUUUAUUUAGCUUCAGCUAGUGAUAACAAAUAAUCAUAGUUAUACUUAAUAGCUAAAUACUAAAUAAAUUAUAUAUUAUAAGUCAGACGAUAAUGUUUGUUUAAUUCAUUGUCGUCAGCAUCAACUACUAAGGUUAUUAGCCUCGUGUUCUGUGCAGGCUUCGCCACUGUUUCCCAGCGUCUCUUUAUGAGCAGCAGUGAAUGGUCCUAUGCAUUAGGAAUAAUUUUUAAUAAAUGAAAUUAAGUAAAAAUCCUGUCACCGCAUAUACGGCAAUUAGCGGGAAUUAGCUUGCCAAAAAUAUUUUGGAAAGUAAUUUUUUUACUUAGAUUUAAUUGAAAGAUCAAUGUAAGUGGUUGAAUAUACUGCCAGGGUGUCACAUUUCACAUAGAAAUGCAUUAAAAAUGGUUCAUAAAUUAAAUUUUUAUAUAAUUAUCUAAUUAAGGCGUAAAGUUUUAAUUAUUUAUAAUACCUAACAGUACUAAAAUACAAGAAAAUUAUGCACAUACAUUUUGAGAAUGCUUUACAUCAUUAUUUUAUGAAUUAACUGAAAUACAAGUAAUAAACAGAAAUUAGUUUUUUAUUCAGAAUUAUCAGUCAUUAUCUGGAUUUAUAUCACUAUGUACAGCUUCUGAAAAGGGUUUAUUUCGCUUUUUUGUAUUUGUCGGAACGAUGUAAUCACGGGGUCUGAUGACAAAAGCAUUCUAUUCAUUAUGUGUCUGACCGUUUCUAAUCUCGAUGUCUACCGUGAGUGAUACAACCUUACAAGCUAAUGCUUCUUCUGGAGUGUACAUAGCCAUGGAUGACGAAUUAUGAAUUUCUUUCGUUUUUUCCCUGUGCGCGGAGAAAAGUUUAUAGCUAAUUUCACAAUUGCGCCCGAGUUCUUUUUUCCACUGUUAAACAGACUCAUUUCCACAGCUUUGCAAAGUAUUUCUUUGGACAUGCUUGACACAAGAGGUUCUAUUUUUCUUAACUUUGAGCUCUCAUCAAAAGAUUUUUUUGGUCUUCCACGUUUUUGAUAAUUUCUUACUUCUUCUGCUGUGGGUAUUGUGGAGAUAUUAGAGUCUAAUCUGGGAAUUAUUAUCUUUCUAUCUAGCCAUAAAGCAUAUUUUUUUGGUGAAUCUUGCAGGUGUACUUUUGCAUAUCUUCUUUUGAUAAGUUUCGACACGAAUAUCUUUAUAGUACAUUUAAAACAUUUUUCCAAGCACGUGGGAAUUUCUGAUGCAUUAAAUUUGUUUAAUAUGUACUGUUCUACCCUUUCAAUACACUUAGCAGUCGACAGUUUAAUGAAUUUAUCGCUUCUUAGAAUAGAAAAAAGUACAUUUCUAGUGAGUGAGGGGAAAUGCAGAUCAACAUUGUUACGACUACCUGUAAACAAAAUAACUUGUAUCAGACAGAGGACAGUAGGGGACGCAAUUUUUUUUAUGCUCUUAAAGAUAAAGGUCUUAUAUAACUAUAACAUAGAGAACGAGAGUGGAACUUGCCGGAACUUUUUUUGUAGCCCUCGCACAAAUUAGGCGUAUACAAAAAAGAAUGAAUAAAAUUAAGUCCACCAAAAGCUGUCGGUAUUAAUAGGCAAGAAAAAAAUAAAUACAUUGUCAAUACUUGAAUAAGAACUACAUACAUGAAGCUUCACAGUCCAUCUUGGAAAACAGCAGCACAUACUUUUCCAACAAGUGUUCGCAUGCUACUGUAUGCGUCAACCACACUCAAGAUUUAAAGCGCACUCUUUCUACCCAUAUUACUUUCUGAUUUAACCGCGGUUCUCGGUGGCUUAAACCCAGAUAAGAGCACGAAUAUAUACAGAACAAUAGUGUGUGGAAGAAACAUGUUUUUAAAAUAUCAAUUUUUUUAUUGGCGCGCUAAAUAGGAAUGAUUGCCGUGUAUGCACCGGCGCGAUUCGAACCUUGGACUCUUGGAUCCGAAAGUCUAGACAACUGAGUCACCCACCCUAUUGACGAUAAUUAUAUACCUUUUUAUCAACUUGAAUGAUUGAUGAUCUUUUGAUAUUUUCAGGUAGUGCAUUAUAUAGUCUUAUACCCUCACUGUCGUUCUCACAAAUUAUAUACUAAAAUGUUGAUUUGUGCUUUUAAAGUGUUCAUGAAUGUUUUAAAAUAUUUUGGCGACUGAUUGUGCUCUAUUUUAAAAAUUAAUAUUACAUUUGCUUGUUUCAAACAAUGCUCCUAAUAAGUUUAGCAUUAUAGAUACAGCGGUGUAUUUACUACAAUUUAAAAUUAUCCUCAUUGCCUUAUUUUAUUGUAGUUUAAUCCUAUUUAUACACGUAAUUAAAAGAGAACUGCAAUAAUUAAAAUGAGGUAAAAUCAUUGUAUUAAAAACUAACCGCUUAGCCUACAUUGAUAAAUCACUUAAAACUAUGUGAAGGAACCCAAUUUGUUCCCUAACUUUUUGUUUAUGUGCUCUACACAUUAUAACUAUUUUUCAAUGAUUUAAGUUCAUGUUUUAUUCAAUUAUAUUUUGCAUUAACUAAUUAAUAAAAUUAGCUUUCAAAUGAAAUAUCACACUUAAAAAUACUUAAGAGUUUGUUUUUGUCCCACUAGAGGGCGUUAAAAUUAAAAGUAGUGCAAUAAAUAGGCAUGUUUUUGAAUUCUCUAUGAAUUUACCUAAUCAAUGUGUCAUACUUGGUACUUUCCCUAUUUAACUUGUUGAUUAAUGUAUGGCAGGGGAAUGACGAAAGAGAGUCGAAUAUAAUAGGAAGAUCCCUUUAUUCUAAAAUUGACAGGUUAGAAUAUUUGUCUGAAAUGUUGACGGGGUCCUGAUAAUGGCUCUAGUACAUUUUCUUCAGGCUACUCUGUAUAUAUAAGCUGUAUUUUCAGUACGUCUCGAUAUGUCGGGCUCAGAAUUGCCGAACAGUCAUACCCUCAAAUAUUUAAAACAUACUUAAAACACAACAUUAUAAAAAAUGAGUCACAAGGGUGGCUCCAGGCAGAAUUUUUGGAGAGGACCAUUGUCAUUAGCCAUGCUGUUUUUAACAUAAAAGGCUCAUGGAUUGUAAGAAUUUUAAUCUUGUGGGAGGGGGAUAGGGAGGUCGCCCUUAGUGGGCCACCGGUAACGGCUGGGUAUGUAAAAAUAAAAUAUUUUGCUUUUAAAGGGUAAUACCAAGUCUUAACCACAAACAUUUUUAAUGAACAGGGAUGAAAAAUUUAGGAAUAUCUAUCUUGUUUCUUCAAAUAAUGUUAAAAUAUACUGGGCGAACCAUUUAAAAUAACUGAGUUUUUAAUGUUUAAAGCCACUUAUAAUAAAUAUCUCUUUCGUAAACACCCUGUACAAUAAUUUGAUCAAUAAGUAUUUGAAUUUACAGACCAGAAGACACUUAAAUCCACCUUAAAAAAACAAUUUCACUUGAUAAUAUUGAGAACUUUAAAUUUGUGCAACUAUAAGACAGCACUGCUACAGAGACAUUUAUGAAAAAUAGUUGGGAAACUC